AUGAAGGAGAUAAAAGAGGGGGACUCGGAGAAGACGGCGAAGAGGAAGACUGCUCGUUCAACACCGACUAGCGUAAGGAGAAAAACAAAGGCGUCGGAUAGAGAUGGCUCUUUUCAGUCUGUGCGAGACGCGGUCAACUUGAACUGCUCAGAUCCAAACCUCCUCGAUAAGGUCCUCACUAUAGUCCAGACAACGUUGGGUGAUUUUACUGAUCCGUUCUCCUCGAAGCACACCAUUGUCAAGGACGAGGUUUUGUACUGUCUCGGCAACAACACCCUGUGCUAUUUGAGUUUAGCUUACAACGAUUUGAGCUACUUACUUUUGAACAAACUGCUCAACGUCCUUUCAUACCAAAGACAAGUUGACAGAAAACCGUGCGGUUUGGUGUACGUAUCUAUAGAGGGCAACAAUUUGCCAGUGGUUUGCGAGGAAUUGAAGCUGAUCAACCAGUUACUGGAAAGCGGUAUUCAAAGAAGUGGCCCGGUUAACAAGAAGCAGCGACAAGCAAAGAUGACUGGGAAA